CGGAGCGGAUCGUGCGCGCUGAGGAGGAGCCGCCGCCGCCGCCGUCGCCGUAGCCGCCACCACCGCUACCGCUACCGAGGCUGAGCGGAUCCGUUAGCGCCGCGCCGCCGCCGCCGCCCGCCCGCCUCGGAGCAGCCCCGGGCACGCCCGCCCGCAUCCAGAUUUUUAAAAAAUACAAUGUCUAAUGGUUAUGAAGACCACAUGGCCGAAGACUGCAGGGAUGACAUCGGGAGAACUAACUUAAUAGUCAACUACCUCCCUCAGAACAUGACCCAGGAUGAGUUGCGAAGUCUGUUCAGCAGUAUUGGUGAAGUCGAAUCUGCGAAACUUAUUCGGGAUAAAGUCGCAGGACACAGCUUGGGCUAUGGCUUUGUGAAUUACGUGACUGCAAAGGAUGCGGAGAGGGCAAUAAACACGCUGAACGGCCUGCGGCUCCAGUCCAAAACCAUUAAGGUGUCGUAUGCUCGCCCAAGCUCAGAGGUCAUCAAAGAUGCCAACCUGUACAUCAGCGGGCUCCCCAGGACCAUGACCCAGAAGGACGUGGAGGACAUGUUCUCUCGGUUUGGGCGAAUCAUCAACUCCCGGGUCCUUGUGGACCAGACCACAGGUUUGUCCAGAGGGGUUGCGUUUAUCCGGUUUGACAAACGGUCGGAGGCAGAAGAGGCAAUUACCAGUUUCAAUGGUCAUAAACCCCCAGGUUCCUCCGAGCCCAUUACAGUGAAGUUCGCAGCCAAUCCCAACCAGAACAAAAACGUGGCACUGCUCUCCCAGCUGUACCACUCGCCCGCUAGACGGUUCGGAGGCCCCGUUCAUCACCAAGCGCAGAGAUUCAGGUUCUCCCCUAUGGGUGUAGAUCACAUGAGUGGGCUUUCUGGUGUCAAUGUCCCAGGCAACGCGUCUUCAGGCUGGUGCAUCUUCAUCUACAACCUUGGUCAAGAUGCCGAUGAGGGAAUCCUCUGGCAGAUGUUUGGCCCCUUUGGCGCAGUCACCAAUGUGAAAGUGAUUCGCGACUUCAACACCAACAAGUGCAAAGGUUUUGGUUUUGUGACCAUGACAAACUAUGAAGAAGCCGCGAUGGCCAUAGCAAGUCUGAACGGCUACCGCCUGGGGGACAAAAUCUUACAGGUUUCCUUCAAAACCAGUAAGUCCCACAAAUAACUCGCUCAUGCUUUUUUUGUACGGAAUAGAUAAUUCAGAGUGAAGAAGUUGAAACUUUUUUGUUAGUGUACAACUCAUUUUGCGCCAAUUUUCACAAGUGUUUGUCUUAGCCUAAAUGAGAAGUGAAAAGGUUUUUAUACUCUGGGAUGCAACCGACAUGUUCAAAUGUUUGAAACCCCACAAUGUUAGACCAAUUUUAAGUUUCUUAAGUUAUUUCCUUUAAAAUAUAUAUUAAACAAAUCUAAGUAGACUGCAUUGACUAACCAGUCCCUCGGGAUGGUGGUGAAACUGAAGCAUGCUUUAACUUCUGAGACUGUCUAACACUUGUUUCAUUCGGUGUCUCCUCAAACUGGAUAAAAAAAAAAAAUAGAAAUGACCUUUUAGUUUUCGUUUUUAAACUAAAGAUGUUAGACAGAUGCUGAGUGUGCAUUUUCUCAACCGCUUCAACAUUUUAAGCGAUUUCUGCUUUGGUUGACAUGAAAUUGUUUCCCCAAGCAGGUCCCAUUGCCACCUCCUGCUCACUCAGCCCCGGGGUCUGCCGAGUGGUCCUGGCAGUGGCCUCGGGCCCUUCCGACAUGGGCCACCAUGGGGAGAGGGGGGCCACAUGCCGGGCCGGGCCCUCCAGAGGAGGACACAAGAACGUGUUUCAUAAGCCCAGGCGCCAAUGGGAACGGACCAAAGAGUUUCAGGGAAACUCCAUAUAUUCCCGAGUCAGAUCUAAGCUCCAGGCACGCCUGAAGAUGUGUUGCUACUCUGACAUCCCGAAUUCCUGUCCACACAUUGCAUGCACGGUGCCCCCCACACCGGAUACUGUUCACAAUCAUUUCUCCACUUUCCAAGAGCAUUUAACAUAGCUCGAAUGCAUAAGAUAGCUCUAUUUUUUAAUAACACAGAAACAUUUGAGCAUUGUAUUUCUCGCAUCCCUUCUCGUGAGCUCUAGACUCUUUUUCUAUUUUAGUCAAAUUUUGUUUUGAAAUUUUGCUUUCGUAUGAACACUCAGCAGAAAAGUACUUACUUCUUGCCAGUUAUCUAUUAACAAAAAAACCCCCUUUGAUUUGUAGUUUUAAAGAUUAACCCUCAAAGUUCUCUUCAUAACUGCCUUGACAUUUUGGGUUGUUCUGUUCUGUUAAUUUUCUUUUGCUUUUUUGUGUUUUUUGUUUGUUUUUACUUUUGCAUUUAAGACCAUUAAAUUUGAUUUUGUUUUGCUCGAAUUUUGUUUUGUUUUUUAUUUUACCUUUUCUUUCUUUUUGGCUAGGUGAGGUACAGACGGCCCAGCAUUCAGGGAAAAUAUAUAAGAUCUUGAACAAAUAUUUGCCUCAAGACAAAGCAUUUACAAAUCUGUGACGUAGGAAUGUGCAGUCACAGGUGGUGUUUUUUUUAAACGGGGAGCUGUUAGGGAGAGUAGAGGGGACCUGAGAAGUAGCCAGGGCCAGAGCUCCGGGCAGCUCCUCAGGAGCGUGAUUGGAUUUUUAUAAAUAACUAGUGUACAGAGAGAAUCAAAAACAGGAUAACUUAGUACCAGCAGUUUUUAACCUUCACAUGAGACUAAAACAUAUAAUGAUAGGCUGUGUUUUAGUUAUUGAUAUCAUGGAAUUGUAGCAUUGUUUAUUUAUCUAGCUAUUUAUUUAAGUGGAAAAAAAUGGCCUAUAGGCACAGCUUUCUCCAGAGCAGAUCAGUGUUCUGAGAAGCCCUUGAAAAAUGUGAGGCUGCCUGUCCCUGUCCUAUUACCCUCAUACUUUAUUGAGGGGCUGCCAGCUGCUUGCAUUAUCCUCCCAAAUUUAAGAUGUUGCUGUGUUCUUUGCCCACAAAAGGCGAAGUGCAUACCUUAAGGCUUUGUCUCAUAAGUUGGCCUGUGCCACGGAGGACCUCCUCCCUCCAGCAGAAGUUUCCAAAUCCUAAGUCAAAGCCAGCUUAUGUGCCUCCUCCUUAGAGCCCAGAACACAAAGAGGGUCCCCGCUGUGUUGCAACAGCGUGCUCUCACCCCGGAACAGGGAUGUUUUUCUGGAAAAACAUGCCUUUUGGCAUGUGCAGCCUCGGGCCAGCAUCUUCUCAGAGAUGAGAUUCCCACUUCCGAAACCGACCCUUAAAAAUCUCAUUGACACACAUUCCUGGCCAGCCCUCGCUGGUGCUCGGUUUCUCGCGGGGAUCGUCAUAAGUGUAAACUGAAAUGACGCGGGCUUGCAGCCAGCACCGCAGCUUCUUCCCUCCCCUCCCUUUUAUUUGAACCAGAUUGAUUAUUCUGUUGCUGGCACAGAUGAGAAGGAAAUGUAAAGUACAUAUGAGCCUUUGAAAGUUGCCUCAAGUUUCUCAGUUUGGUAAAAUUCUCGUGUUAUAUGGUCGCCACUCUUUGAACAGCCUUCUAGCCAAAAGCCCCAUUGUGUUUCUUUGGGGGUUUCCAUUUGCAGGUGUGUGGAAGGAUUCCGCUUUUGACACGUUCCUCCUGAAAAGCAAUUGUCACUCCCAUUGAGGUACCAGAUGCUGGCCCUGUGUCUGAAAAGUUCAUUACAUAGUCUCUAGACUUGUUUGCAAAACGAAGAUCCCAUUUUUUUUAAAAGUCACGAUCCAAAAGAAACUUUUUAAAAAAAUUUUGCACUGAUCAAUCAUAUUUGUAUUUCACAAAAUGAGUGCUCUCCUUUUAUUUGGGAAUUUUGAUGAAAAAGAAUUAAGAGUAGAUAAUUUCUCAGAAGUUUAGUUUGGUACAUAAAUACCAAAGAGGCUCUGAUCAAACUCUCUUUUGGCCUGUGUAACAUCCCUUAACAGUUGUUUGCUAAGCAGCUCCGAACUUGCAAACCUGGUUCCGGUUGAGUUAUCCAUUUUUUACCCUUGGCUCUGCCCCUGUUUAGCUUUUCGAUGCCAUGUGCCAGGCUGUGGUUUUCUGCUGGCUGUCCUCUGGUUGCAUGUCCUGUGACGGGGAUUCUCCUGCAUAGGCAGAUGGUGCUGGGUGGGCUCGGCCUUCUUUGUUCAGAAGGUGAGUCUUUCCCUUGCCAAGGGCAGCUGCCUUAACCUUUGAGAGUCUGCACUUGGUGUUAGUGCUGGAAACCCAGCAUCCAGGGUCCGCUGUAAGAGCCUGUGUCUGAGUUGGAUCAGACAAGUAGAUGAAUUACUGGCAAUAACUUGUCCUGGUUGGCCUCCAGACUGAGGCCACUGACUGACCCGAGUCCGCCAUCGGGCUUGAAAAUCAGAGUUAGCAUCACCCAGCUGUUGCAUUUCACAUCUGAAUUCAGCCUGAUUUCUUUCCCCCUGCUUUUUGCAGCCUUCCUGGGUUGGGUAAAAGGGAAUAAGAAUAAGCUGCCCAGGGCCUCUUUUCCCCAUCCCCCACCAUAGCCCUCCACCUGAAAUUCUUCCCAUCUUCCCAGGACCUGAGGUACCUCUCUCCCAUUCACCAGAUUCCCAGGCCAGCCACCAACUGAAGUCACAAGUGCUUUCUGUUGAGUGGCAGUGAUAAUUGACCCUUUCUUACAAUAGCAGGAGAACCUGAAUCCCAAAUCUCCGUCAGGGUUCAAGGUUCCAAACCUUUUAAUUUGCCUCUGACAUCUAAUGAUUGUAUCGUAUAUUUUUUCCACAACCUUUUGGUGACAUAGUUAAGCUUUUCCGCUGGGUCAUUUUAAGAAAAGAAAACGUCCUUGUAAGUCACUGCCAGGACCUACGUUAGGCUACUGAAGGUCUGAGCUGUGACUUUGAGAGGACAGGAAUGCACUUCUGCGGGAAGAGAAGGCUUGUCCGUUGGUUGGGGCCACCUCCUACCGUGUAACGUUCAGUUUACAAUGAUUCGCUCUGAGGGGGAGCUUUACUGACUGGUCCCCAUGCUGUACAGUAGAUGAGUAGACAUUUUGUAUAUUAGUGUGUUUUAAGUUAUUGAUUUGUUUUAUAUAAAAUAAUUUAUUUUCAGGUGCCAUUUUUCAUUUUAACUUUGUUUUUACAUGGGUUUGUUUUCAAUAAAGUAUGACACUGCUGUCCAAAAGUCAACAAUAAAAUGAAUCCCAUUGUGUUAUUUUGAGGAUGCUUAUGGAACUAGCCUUUUUUUUUUUUUUUUUAAUUUUUAGGGGGGAAAAAAGCCCUUCUCAGUUUUCCAUUUCCCCAUUUGCCUUUUUAUCCUUGUGAAUAAAUGUUCUUUAGUGUUUUAGGAGGAAAAAGCAAACCUAGAUUUUGAUAACCCAGAAGAUUUCAGAUUAAUAAAGAAGCUUUGAAAGAAGACCAUUUUUCAAAAUUUUAGUGAAGUGUGAAUAUUUUUUGUCAAUGGCUUUCUCAAAGAGAAUGAAACUUUUGCACCAUUUUCAGAGUUUUUAUAGAGAUGCCAAAUUGAUAUAUUUACAUGUAAUGGAAACAUGAAAAAGUUUUAUUAAACAAUUGUUCAUAGCUGUGUAGACAUUUUAAUUCAGUUUCCAAAGCUCUCAAAGCGUAUUUUUGGAGUACAGAGUAAUAACGGUUUGGGGUGUUAACAAUUCCAAACAUUCGAUUGUCCGAAUACUUAGUUCUUUCCACAGGUAUCAGGUUUGUGUUAAACACUGUAUGUGAACUAUGACUGGAAUUCUGUGAUAUUUUGGUAAUAAAUGAAGUGGGAUCAUUGA